AUGUCAAUUGUCAAUCUAGAUGAGACUGAAUAAAAUCAGCAUUAAGAUUAAAAAGAAUCGCAAGACAUACAAAUAGAUAUAAUCACCUUUGAUCAACAUGAGUCCUUAUUAGAUACAUAUACAUAUUAUAUUAUCAAGGGAAAGGAUAAAAUUGGAUUCUUUGAAGUCUAUAGAAGAUAUAAGGAUUUCAUAUCUCUAAGGGAUAUAUUGUUAAUAAGAUGGCCAGGAUGUUUCAUUCCAGGUAUUCCAGGCAAAAAGAUGUUCCAGGGAAAUGAUACCAAAACUGCAUCGGAAAGAUUAAGAUUCUUAAAACAAUUCUGUAAUAAAAUGAAAUUAUUGCCUAAUCUGUAUUACAGUUAAGAGUUUAGUCAAUUAUUCUUAAGAUCUAAAGAUAAGGAGAUUCAUAAGAUUUUGUAUAUAUUCAAAUAUAUAUAAAUAGCGAAUAAAUGCAAAAACCAAAGACAUCAGAGUUAAUUUAAAAAUAUUAACUUAAUUUCAUUGAAUUAUAAGGAGUAUUAUAUAUUUCUAUUUAGCGAGAUAUUGAUUAAACUCUAGAUAAGAAAAUUGAUGGUUUUGUGGAAAAAUUGAAAAAUAAUUAAAUUUAAUUUAAGUUGGCAAAAAAGUAUAUAAGAGAUUUGUACCAAUCAUAAGAAUAAUAUAAUUAAAGUUUAGAGAAAAUAAUGACUAUUCAGCUACCAAACUAUGAGAAACAGUUUAUUUAGAUAUAUUAAAAUAAUAAAUGUGAUAACUUAUUGCUUACUAAUUAAAAUAUCAAGAAGCAAUUGGAUACUUAGUAUAAUUAGAACAGCAUCUUCAAAAGGAGAAAUAUAGAUAAACUCUAUGAAUAUAUUAGAUAAGAAUUGAAAGAUAUUAAGGUCUUGUAUUAUAAUUUAUUAAACUUAGGCAUUUUAUUAAAGUUUGAAAACUAAGAAAGAAUAUGAAGAAUAAAAAAAGAAAUUAGAAGCCAAAUAGUUAGAAACGCAAUAAGAAUUAAAUAAUUUAAAUGAAGGUAAGAAUCCUAAUUUUUUUAAAAAUAUAUUUAAUAAAUAAACACCAGAAUAACUAAAAAGUCAUUUAAAUAUUUAGAUCUAAACUAAUUAAAAUGAGUUAGAUAAUUUAUAAAAUCUAAUUGAUAUAAUGUAAGCGAUCAUAGGAUUCAUAGAAGUAGAAAGAUUUUAAGAUUUAAAAAUCAAAUUUUAUUCUAUAGUAAUGAAACAAGUAUCCGAAUUAGAAUAAAAAUUAAUUGAUGAAUAAAUUCAAUAUUGGUAAUACAUUGAAUCAUAAUCAUCAAAUUUGAUUAAUUAGUUGCAUCUUGAUUCUCAACAAAAGUUUAAUUAACAAUAAUUCAAUCAACCUAUUGAAUAAUAAUAUGAGGAGAAAGAAGAUGUAGAUUAGAAUCUACCUCACGAAAAUGAGAAUCCUAACGAAAUAAACCAAGAAGAAAGUAAUAAUGAAGAUAUCAAUUAAUACGUUAAUGAAAAUUAAAACCAAGAAGAAAAUGAGGAUGUUUAAUAAUAAUAAGAGGAUGAAGUAUAAGUCAAUAUAUCUUAAUAAGAAAUAGACGAUGAAAAUCAAUGAUAAAAUAUUUAUCUAAGGUGUGG